CUUAUAUAUAAAGAAAUAAUUUUUAAGGAAUUGUAAAAUUAAUAGAUUGUUUGUAUUUGCAGAAUGUUUUCCAUGAUGAUAUUAUGUAUAAUACUACUAUUAUUGCUGCUAUAUCUUGGCUUGCAGAAACCGAAAGGAUAUCCUCCAGGUCCAAAAUGGUGGCCAAUUUUGGGCUGCGCCUUAGAAUUCUCUAGUUUACGCAAAAAAAAUCAUUAUUUGUUCAAAACUUUUUCUGUUUUGAGCAAGAAAUAUGGACCAAUAAUCGGAAUGAAAAUUGGAAUAAAUCAUGUUGUGGUAUUAAAUGAUUAUGAAAGCAUAAAAUCGAUGCUCUCUAAUGAAGAUUGUGAUGGAAGACCAAUUGGUAUAUUAUAUGACAAAAGAACAGGCGGCAUUAAUAGAGGAUUACUCCUCGUUGAUGGAAAUUUAUGGAAUGAACAAAGAAAAUUCGUAUUGAAGCAUCUCCGUGAUUUCGGUUUUGGUCGACAAAGUAUGAUGUCAAUAAUAAUAGAGGAGAGUCAAUCACUCGUUGAAUACAUAAAAAAAUUAAUCAAUGAUGAACAUAAUAUUCAAAUUAACAAAUCUAAAAUAUAUUGUAAUAAUAAUGAAUUUAAUGAUGGACAAAUAUAUAAAUUAGUUAAAAAGAACAAAAAAGAUGAAACAAAGUUAAUAAACAAUUACAUAAUCAAUGAAAAAGAAUUAAAAGCUUCAGAUUUAUACAUGAAUGCUAAUGAAUAUACAGAAAAUAAUAUGACUCAAUCUCAAUCUGGGACGAUAAUUUCAAUGCAUAAUAUUUUUGGAAUUACGGUGCUUAAUUCAUUGUGGAAAAUGCUAACUGGUAAAAGGUACAAUAUUGAUGACAAGCAGUUAAUUUAUUUUCAACGGAUUCUGUCAGUAAUUCUUAAUGAAAUUGACAUGUUAGGCGCACCAUUUAGUCAUUUUCCUUUAUUAAGAUUCAUCGCACCAGAAAUAUCUGGGUACAAAUCAUUUGUAAAAAUUCAUGAAGAACUUUGGAAAUUUUUCAAAGAUGAAGUGAAUAAUCAUAAAAAUACUUUUAAUUUGGACUCACCUGGAAAUUUAAUAGAUAUAUAUCUAACUAUUUUGAAUUCUGAAAAUUAUGGCAAAACAUUUUCAGAGCCUCAAUUGAUAGCCAUUUGCGAGGACUUAUUCAUGGCAGGUUCAGAAACUACAUCUAAAGUUCUUGGCUUUUGUUUCUUGUAUUUAGUUCUGUUUCCACAUGUCCAGAAGAAAGCACACGAAGAAAUAGACAGAGUAAUUGGACGCAAUAAACUUCCAACUGCGGAAGACAAAGCAAAAAUGACAUAUAUGAAUGCUAUUGUCUUAGAAUCUUUAAGGAUGUUUGUAGGCCGAUCCUUGAAUCUACCCCAUAGAGUACAAAAAGAUACUAAAAUAUCAGGUUACAAAAUACCAAAAAAUACAAUAAUUAUAACAAAUUUCAAUGGAAUAUUAAUGGAUGAAUCAUGGGGUGAUCCCGAAAACUUUCGACCAGAAAGAUUCAUAGACGGAAGUGGUAACAUUGUUACACCAUCUAGAUUUCUUCCAUUUAGUGCAGGAAAACAUCGCUGUAUGGGGGAAAAUUUAGCAAAAACCAACAUAUUUAUUAUAGCUACUACAUUGUUGCAAGCAUUUACAUUUUCCGAAAUACCCGGGGAAAAACCAACAAUAGAACAUUUUAUUGAUGGAACUACUAUUAGUCCUAAGCCAUAUAGAGUUCAUGUUUCAUUAAGAAUAUAAUUAUCUCCAGAAAUAGAAUAAUUUUUAUAAAAAGAUAAUUAAUUUUUAAUUGAUUUAAUUUUAUUAUAUUAUAUAAUAAUUAUUAUUAAAAAAUUAUAAUUUUUUAAUAAUGUACAGUACUUACAGUUCUAUUUAAAAUUAUAUCUUAAUGUUCAAAAAAAUAUAUUUUAUUUUUUAUGAAAAUACAUAUACGUGUGUGUGUGUGUGUGUGUGUGUGUGUGUGUGUGUGUGUGUGUGUGUGUGUGUGUGUGUGUGUGUGUGUGUGUGUGUGUGUGUGUGUGUGUGUGUGUGUGUGUGUGUGUGUGUGUGUGUGUGUGUGUGUGUGUGUGUGUGUGUGUGUGUGUGUGUGUGUGUGUGUGUGUGUGUGUGUGUGUGUGUGUGUGUGUGUGUGUGUGUGUGUGUGUGUGUGUGUGUGUGUGUGUGAAACUAUAUGAAAUAAAUAAUACAUAUAUGAGAACAGUAUAAAUUCUAUAUCUGAAUCUAUAGAUUUUAAAAUUAUAU